CGUUAUUGAAGAGUCGUUGGGCUUCACACUAUCGGAUAUCGCCCACUUGUUCUUCAAAGACCCCAUGUCAAGUCGGAGUGGAAACUAAAGGGGUCAUCAUCACAUAAACACCUACCCAUCAUCGUCAUCAUGAAUAGAAAUGAAAUUUCUAUGCAGUUUCGGUAAAGGUGGUUAACCUGAUUCCUUGAGCAGAAGAGGGUGAGAGAUAAGAGAGAGAGAGAGAGAUGGGUCUGCUCAGUAACAAAGUUGAGAGGGAUGAGAUCAAGCCAGGAGAUCACAUCUACACUUACAGAGCUGUCUUCACCUACUCUCACCAUGGUAUUUAUCUCGGAGGAAGCAAGGUGGUGCAUUUUACACCUGAGAAAAAGCCUAGUUCAAGCACUGGCAAAUCUUAUGAUUCAAUGUCCUGUCCCACCUUUCCUGACUGUGGAUUCAGGCAACCCAAUAGUGGUGUUGUCCUUUCAUGCCUCGAUUGCUUCCUGAGAAAUGGAUCCAUUUACUGCUUUGAAUAUGGGGUUACCCCUUCAAUUUUCCUAUCCAAAGUACGGGGUGGCACAUGCACCACUGCCACAUCUGACUCCCCUGAAUCUGUUAUCCACCGUGCUAUGUAUCUUCUUCAGAAUGGAUUUGGCAAUUACGACGUCUUUCAAAAUAACUGUGAGGAUUUUGCAAUGUAUUGCAAAACUGGUCUCCUGAUAAUGGAUAAGCAGGGAGUCGGAAGAAGUGGCCAAGCUGCUUCCGUUAUUGGUGCCCCACUGGCGGCCAUGCUUUCAUCUCCUCUAACGUUGUUGAUGCCAGGCCCAGUUGGUGUUGCUACCGCAACAGCCGGGAUGUACUGUAUGAGCAGGUAUUCAACUGACAUUGGUGUCCGAACUGAUGUGAUCAAGGUGGCCGUGGAGGAUUUGGCUGUGAAUUUGGGGUGGACAACUCACCAUGAGGAAGAGGCCAAGGAUAGUGAAGCUCCUUUGAUACAGCUGUGAACAUGAUCUGUGCAAUUGCAUGUAUAAAAUUUGUAGUUGGUGUUAAACCAAAGAAAAGAAACAUAAGCAUUGGUUGGCACUAAUGCCUGAAGUUCUGAUGUGGGAUUUACAAAUCCAUUUGUUCAUUGUGACACAGUUGCUUUCUUGUUUAUGCAUAAAAUGUUGAAAGCUUAUCCCUGCC